UCCCUUUGACGUAAAAAAUAUAUAAAUUUAUAUUAAAUGAAAAUGUAAAAAUAUUAAAAUUGCGCGAAUUUCACAUUUGUACGCCUGUACCUCCAGAUCACUUACUUUUUCGUCUUCGAAUUAUAAGUUUCACCGACUUCUAUGCGCCUUUUCGACAUUUUAAAUCAGAUCUACGUGCCUUAAACGUUGGUAAAUUACAAGUUUUUGAGUAUUUUACACAAUAUUAAACGUAUAAAAACGAUUUUAGAACUCAAAAUGCACGCGAAAAACACGCGUUCAACGUUUAAUAUGCAACUUUUGUAGCAAAUAAAAGAAAACGAAGUUGGUUGUAAAUAACCGAAACAAGCAGAGUUGCACCGUUAUUACUUCACGGAAUUUUAGUUAUGAGUUGAUAAAUCUCUCCAACUAAACGUAUUGGUAAAAUUCAAUUCAAUUUAUAACAUCAACUCACCCAUAUAUACCCAUAUAUGAGUUUCCCCAUAAAAAGAUUGCGAGUCGAAGCGAAGUAAGAUCGUGGCAACUGUUAUAAAUAUGGUUAUGCUGACUAGAGCAGCGAUUGAUAUUCUUAUUAUUUAUUUAUUUAUUUUUCGUUGGGAGUGGCUCCGAUUCUCUUAUGAUGAAAAUAUCAAAACACAAAAUAUCAAACCCAGAGCAGGCAGGGAAAGCUAAGCGUUUUUUUUUAACAUGGCUUAUGUUUGAUUCGUUUCGAUGUCAAAGGAUGAAUUAUCAAGCAAAGCGCACAAAAUUGUAUGGUAUAUAAAGUUUACAUUGUAAGCCCCUAUAAGUGAUCAACUUGGGAGCACUGGUGCCAUUAUUUAGUGUUGUCUUGUUGCACAAAAUGAGUAAAUUCUAUACAACACUGAUUUUAGACUGGAAAAACAGAAAAUUUGUAUUGUAGUCUAGUUGUGAAAAUUGCUUAUAGAUUAUUGAAUUGUUAAAUAAAAGCAAGAUAACUUGUGAAUAAACAUGCACCAGCAACAUUACAAUAAUUUGGCAUAAUUGAGUGUUUAAUGAGAGCAUCGAAUAUGAUGGAAAUUCCGAUACAAGUAGCUGUACGUAUCUAUCCGUGCUUACCACCGGCUGUAACAACACCUAUAUCAGCACCACUACUAUCAGCUGGCAAUGUUGUAGAUACGCAAUCCAUUUUAGGGGCUGAUGAACAUUCGCAAAUAAGAACGCAAAAAGAUGACAAUGGGAAUUUUAAUGCGAAUGAAAAUGCUGGAGAUAAUGGUCCCAUGAACCUGCCAAAUGAGCCAACCAAAGGUGAGGCCAACAUUUACGUGCAAGCCAUUCCAAUGACUGCACCGGGAUUUCUGAAUUCCGCACCCACUGCUUUGCCUGGACAAAUGGAUCACGGCAUUGCCGCGGGCUUAAUGCAAGUAGGACCGCAUUCAUUUCCCGUGACUCAUGCUCUAUCUAUGGAUUGUACACAAAGUCAAAUUUACCAUCAGACCGUAUUUCCGUUGAUUAGUUUGUUUAUGGAAGGAUUCGAUGCUUCUGUAGUAACAUAUGGACAAAGAGGAACUGGUAAAACAUACACACUUUACGGACCUGGUUUCGAUUGUGUAUAUAAUGAGUCCGAACAGGGCGUGGUGCAAAGAUGCGUGCGCGAAAUAUUUUCCCAUAUGGCGAACCAUCCAGAACGUACCUAUGCUGUAAAUAUCGGUUGGGUGGAAAUAAUGGACGAUGCAAUUCAUGAUUUAUUGGGUGUGGGCAAUGUUCAUUGCAAUAGCAUUACUGAUGUUUUUCAUUGGUUACAAAUUGGCAUGAAUGCCAAACAGUCUUCUAACAACAAUAGUAACGACGAUUUAUCUAUAAGCCAUACACUUUUUACGCUUACACUCGAACAACAAUGGGUUUCAAAAGAAGGUCUCAUACAACAUCGACUUUCAACAGCAAGUUUCUCCGAUUUAUGUGGCACUGAUCGUGUAUUCAUGUUGAAUGCGUUAGAUCAAACCACAAGUUUACCCAAGGAUGUGGGUUUGCAAACAUUGGAGCGGGUGGUAAACACACUUACUGAUCCAGCACUCAUGUAUGGUUCUAAUGGCAAUAUACCUUAUAAUCAAACCACAUUGACAACAUUAUUGAAAGAUUCUUUUGGUGGCCGCGCACAAACUUUACUUAUUUUGUGUGUUUCGCCACUAGAGCGAGAUUGCAAUGAAACAAUCUGCAAUUUACAAUUUGCCUUCAAAGUACAAUGUGUUAGAAAUUAUGUUAUUAUGAAUACAUUUUCUGACGAUAACACACCCAUCUCGCCAGAAGCGAUUAUGCCCGAUUUGCCUGGUGGCGGUGGAUGUGGCAUACCGGUGGGAGCAGAUACAUUCGGAUUACAAUUUGCAGCAAGUCAGUGGUAUAAAUUGGUAUCCAAUGCAGAAGGAUUGUUCUCAAAAUUGGCUGCUUCAAACGCUGUGACUGAGUUGGACAAAGAACAAAUUGAAGAGUGGCUUUUCCUCAAGCAAGAAUGUGAGGAAUGUUUAAGCUCUGCUGAAGCGAUACGCUCACAAAAGCAACUAGGGCCCAUACAAGAAGCAGAAGAGCCUGAGGAGGCAGUUAGCGAUCCCGAAACCUCAUUUCACCAGAAUUCAGAUAAUGAAUCGGACUGUGAAUCGCAACGACCUGAUUUGAUGGAAAAAUUAGAAACGCUAAUGGAGGAACUACGCAUAAAAACAGAUACUUUAAUUCACGAAAAAUAUAAAGAAUUUAUACAAAACCAACCAAAAGCUGUAAUGGAAAGUCAGGAGAGCACAAGACAGAAGGAGUCAGCACAGAGCCUAGAGUUAGUGUUGAGCGAACAACGUCAAACGAUUGAUAAAUUAGAUGAACGCAAGCCAUCAAUGGGAGGUCGACGCAGAUCGAUACAGCCCGGUGCCAGUUUAUCUAGCGCUGAGAUCGCCAUGCUUAAUCGCGUGGCGUCGCGUGAACAGACAGCACCAAAAGUAACCGAUGACUUUCUUGAGAGUUCAGGUGACCUGCAGAAUGCAGCACAGUUACGCGCUGUAAUUAAUUCGCCACUGGAAAAUGUACAAAAGAAAUUGCGCAAAUUAGUCACUGAUAUCGAAGCGCGUCAACGGCAAAUAGAAGAAGUAGAACAAACAAUGCAGUUGAAACAAAACAUUAUAACGGAACUGGUGAAAAAUAGCGACACGCGCUCCACAGCCAAACAACGUUUCCACAAGAAGAAAUCCAAACUUGAAUCCGAGUAUGAAAAGGCUAAAAAACAGUUGGCUAAGGCAAUAGUGCAGGGUAAGGAUAAGUCAGAGGUCGAACGGUUGCGUGCAUUAAUUGCACAUAUAGAACAGCGCCUGCAAGAUCUCGCCUCAAUGAAGCAUAUCGCUGGCGAAAGUGGACAAAAGGUAAAGAAAUUGCAACAAUCUCUACAUGAAUCCAAAAAAGUCAUCGACGAGCUACAAAAGAAAUUAAAAAAGGAUCGUAAGCAACGCGAACAGUUAGAGCACGAGUUAAAAGUGCUCAAAGAGAAAGAAAAUACGCUAAGCGCCAACAGCAAAGCGCUUGUCAAGAUAGACGGCAGCUCGAAUGCAACCGAAGAUGCAGAACGGGGCAAGAAUCUGAAAGAGGUGCAAGCAAGAAUCUCGCAUUUAGAUCAUGUGUUACGUGAGAAAUCGGAGAAUUUGGAACAGUAUGGCGACAAUCCUGAAGGCACUGGCGAAAAGGAAGGUCUACGACAUGAAAUACGCAAUCUGCGACGCACACGUGAUCACCUACUCGAACAACGUUGCGCACUCGAUCGUAAGUUGAAGCGCGACAAGGUGCUGUCACAACGCGAGGAGCGCAAGCUACUCGAAUGCGAUGAGGCUAUCGAAGCCAUCGAUGCAGCAAUUGAAUUCAAGAAUGAACUCAUCUGCGGCCACAAGUCCAUUGAUACAAGCGAACGCUUGCAACGUGAGAAAGGCGAACAGAUGUUGAUGGCGCGUCUUAAUAAACUCUCGCUGGAGGAAAUGCGCACGCUAUUAUAUAAGUAUUUCAUAAAGGUUAUCGAUUUGCGUGACUCCUCGCGUCAGCUGGAAGUGCAGUUAAUGCAGUUGGAACGCGAACGCGAUGCUUGGGAGUGGAAGGAACGUGUGCUUUCGAAUGCAGUGCGGCAGGCGCGUCUCGAGGGUGAACGUAAUGCUGUGCUAUUGCAGCGGCAACAUGAAAUGAAACUCACAUUAAUGCUACGUCAUCUCGCCGAAGAGACAUCUGCCUCGGCAUCGGCUAGUUCGUUGAAUUUCAGUGAUGCACAACAACAGCAGCAUCAGCAACAACAACAACAACGUUACUUGCGUCCUACACACCUUGCGCUAGCCCAUCAACAACAGUUGCACACAGCUGGCGGCGCUAUUAACACAACAUCGCCAUACUCCGACUCUGAUCUCGAGCUAGAAUUUUACAAGCCCAGCGUACCAGUGAGUGGUAAAAUUUUGAAGCCACCUAAACAUGGUGAAAUGGAAAUAUGUCCGCUACCCGAUGCUUUGGCUAAAUACAAGCCGUUAGAAAAAUUCAAAGAGAAGGAGCGCGAGUCAAAGAACAAAUUAUUUGCCAAAUUUCAAGUGCUCACACGUUACGCCGGUCAAUCGGUAACUGCCGCAGGGGCUGGCUGUGCUGCUGACGAGCAGACCGGCGGUAGCAGUAGCCGUAAGAAGGAUAAAGAUCAAUUAGCGGCGGCCAUACCCCAAGAGAACUUAAAACGCUUAAUAUCAACCCCUCCCGCCACGAAAGUGACACGUCAGAAAAAUAAGAUUAUAAUACAGGAUGCUACACGCAAAAAUUAGUAAGCAUUGAAGUAUGUUAUUUACUUUUAUAUUUUAAUAAUACAUACAUACAUAUACAUAUAUAGGGCUGAGUAGAGAGCAGGUAAGAAGUUCAAAAAAAAACUUGAAACAAUUAUUUACUACAGCUUUCGAUUUUAACAUGAUCAUGUAUUUAACACAUGUUAAUUUUAUGUUUUUUUUGGUAGCUAUCGGAUUAACUUUUAGGUUGUCACAAACGCGUAAUAAAUCACGCAAAUAUUCCUAUGUGCCAGGUGCUUUUGCACUUGUUAAUUAUUUAAUUAUUUGUUUAAAAUAUUUGUACUAUUCGUAUAGUAGUAUAAAGUAUAUGUGCUACAGGCGGGAAUAACUGCAGGUACUUUUCCAAUAGUAUUAUGCAUUCAAUAAAAUGAGAUAGGACAAGGUCAUUGAUUUCGUUUUGCGAAAUGAAUUUAUAUUUCAUAUUCUUACUAUUAUAUUCGUAACAAUCGUGCUGCUAUAUUUUUUUAGAAAUUAGCUGUGCUUUUUAUGCAUAAAUAUUCAAAAUAGUUUGAAUUUAAAAUGUGCUUGUGUUUGCUCUAAAACAUAUUAUAAAGUAAUUUUUUCUUACUGUGUUAGUUAAGCAAAAUAAGGUUUAACGAAUAACAUUUACAAUAUUAUUAUAUAUUCAUAUCUUAUAUAUUUUUACAAUAUAGUUUUACUCUAAACUCUUAUUUUUUUAUUUAUUUAUAUUAUUUUAUUUUAUUCCCUGCUCUGUUUUAUAUUUUGUUCAAAUGGUUUUUAGUUUUUCUUUAUUUUAUUUUAUUGCAACAAUUAAUUUGUUUCCUAACAUUAUUAAUUUAAUACCAACCUAAUUUUAGUGUAUAAAUCACGUUUCAGAAAAUGUUUAACUCCUAAACCUUUUGUGUAGAUUUGUUAUGCAUAAAAUAUGAAAAUUUUCUUGUUUCUUAUUAGUUUAAUUAAAAAGUGUUUUCUGUAUAAUAUUAAUUAGGUUUUUUAUUUUUUUCUUAAUCAAUAUUUAUAACCAAAUAAUUUUUGUUGUUAAUUUUUUAAUGAAAAUUAUAUUUAAUUAUGAUUUAUGUUAUAUUGAAACAGAAUAAUAUUUCAUCAAUUAUAAAAAUUGAAAUUAUGUGACUAGAGUGAGAUUGUAUUUCUCACUUUAAUUUUAUUUUACUCUGACCAGGGUAUAUUAAGUUUGACAUGAAGUUUGAAACAUCCGGAAAAAACAUCGGCGACGCCAUAUUAUAUACGAGUAUAUAUGUAAAUGAUCAGUGUGAUAUACGCCCACUUUGUCGAGACCGCCGAUAACAGACGAAUAUAAGAUAUAACUGCCAUAGAAACUGAUCGUUCAAACUAAAGUCCCUGGAAAACUUUUUUAUUUGACAAGAUAUCUUCACGAAAUUUGGCCUGGCUUAAUGCCCAACGCAACGCUACGAUCGCCGAACAAAUUGGUGAGAUCGAACCACCAUAUCAUAUAGUUGCUAUUCAACUGAUCGAUAAAACCAAGCCUAAGAUCUUUUUAUACUUUAUGUGCUUUAAAAAUGCACCUAUAAUACCCUAUCUUCGUUCGUCCGGUUGAAGUUCACGCUUUUCUUGUUUUUUCUUUUAACGCAACCAAAUUUUUUCUUUAACUUUCUUUUGUCAAAUAAUUUCAAUUUUUAUUAUUUAUAUUACAUUAUUAUGUUUCUACAAGUAUUUCUACUGAUUUUGUUUGUUUAUUUUCUUUUAUUUAAUGUAGGCAUUUUUAUUUUUCUAAGACCAUUUGCUAUUUUUUAGAAUUAUAUUAUAUAUUAUAUUAUGCUUUAGUUUUCCAGAAAAAUAUUUAUAUUUUGUAAUACAUUUUUUCGCAGUACUUUGUGAUUAAAAUGUUCGUGAUACUGAUUUUUUAAAUACAAUACAUUGAAAGAAAAUUCAUCAUUAUUUUAAUUUUAUUUUUGGUUAAAAUUUAAAUUUUUUCGUUACAUAUUUUAUUACCAUCCCUAAGAAAAUAGCGCAAGCACUUUUAAUGCUGUUUACAAUGAUGACUUAAACUCAAUACUCACAUUUAUUAUUAACUAAAAAUAUGUAUUUGAUACUGUAUAAAUCAAUGAAAAUUAAUUUUUUUGACACAUUGUUGGUUCUAUAGAAAAAAAGUUAAUUCCAAGGUAGCUAUUUUUCCUCCCUAGAUUAGGUACAUACAUACAUAUAUACAAACAUUUUUAUGUAACAAUUUAAUAAUAAUUUAAGACUCAAUUUUGUACACAUACCUUUAAAAGUUAACUGCAUUGUGUCAUAACUCUAGCAUUAUAGCAUAGACCUUCCGAUUAUGUUAAGUAAAACUAUUUUAAGUUCGAAAACUUAAUAAUGUGCUUAUUUAAUAUAAUUUCUUACGUUUAAGACAACUAUGGUAAGUAUUAAUUACUAUAAAUUUAUAUAUUGCUCAAAUCAGCAAAACGAAACGAAGCGAAGUGAAUAAAAGAAACAUGAGACAAGAAAUCACGAUGUAAUACUCAAACCCA